AGGAGGACGCAGGGGAGCAGACAAGUGGGAGCAGAGAUGAAGGAGCAGAUAUGAGGGAGAAGACUGUGAUGUGGCGAGGGCAGCAAGGUGAGACAGCAAAUGGGGCGCUGAGGGGAACACAACAGGCAGACACGACAUGGUGCGAUCAGCAGCAGUGGGCGGAGCAACAUUUUGGCAGCAGCAUUGGAGAUCGAGGGUGCACAACAAUAGCACGAUCGGCUGGUGAGGCGGGGAUUGCGAUUCCUUGCGGGGAGAGGCCAGCUGGUGACGAGCUCAUCAUCGUUGUCUGUGAAGCACUCCCCCCACACCCCUCUUUGCCUGUCCCUCCCGACCCCCUCCCCCACACCCCUCUUCCCGACCCCCUCCCCAUGCGACCCACCUACCUCAACAACCACCUGCGCAGGGUCUAA